AUGAAGAUUGGCCCUCAGGCUUCGGAAUGGAUGGCCUUGGCCAUGGCUGACAGCGACGAGGAGGAGCUUGCGCUUGGAUCACUAGAAGCCCUAAACAAGGUCUCCAAUGCUGCCAUACGGGUGAUGCUCCGUGAUGACGUGCAGGAGCUCGUGGACCUACAGGAACAGCUGAAUGCCAUUGGAGAGCAUUUCACCAAUGAGGGUGACAUGAAGUCUGCAACAUACGUGUUUGUGCUGCUGCAGCUCACCGAGCAUGUUUACCCCAAGUUGGCAGCCACACUGGAUGGAUCCUACAAAGAAGCCUUUGAGAAGAUAUUUUUUAUGCUUGAGGAUUCUGGCUGGCAGCUGAAGAAGGAGGGUGAGGAGGAUGAGGAGGGUGAUGAGGUGGCAAUAGAUGAUUCUCCACCGCCGCCAACAUCUUACUUCUCCUGA